ACAGCUGUUCCCUUCAUGUGAUACUGAUUUGUGUUGAUGUCAGAUGGCAAUGGAGAAAUAUUGGGCUUGAGGGGAUUUGAAGUUUGUUUUUCUUUCUCAGCAAAGAGCAUGGAGUUAAUGCUGAUGGCUGCAGAAGGAGGGGUGCCUGGUGGCAAUGAGGAUAUCAAGUGGUCAGCAAAUUGCUGUCAGGGAUGAAGGAAACUGAAUCACGUGUGUUGGGCACUCGUCACCACAUUCCCUAUAACCCAGAAGAGCAUGAAAGCACAGCUGCUUUUGAGCUUGUGGUGUGCAGUGAGGAUGGAGCAGCCUCCGUCCACCCAACUCCCAUUGGGGCUGCAGCCACGGAGCUCCACAUCCCAGCCUGGCUCUCAUUGCAGGGUGAGUGCAGAGCACCAGGGUUGGUGUCACGUGUGCCCCACUGGGCACUAAAACAGAAUCUGAAAGCAGUGGCCCUAUGGCUGGUGCUUCUCCUUUUUGCAGCUUUAUUUCUGCAGGGGUUCUGAAAUAAUUUCCUAGUUAUUAUGCGUUCAUAUUUUUCCCUUGACACCCUGUACACUCCCAGCAGCCAGGAAAUAAAAGUGGCAGUGCAGCAGGGGCUGAGCAUUGUGCAGAGCAGAGCCCUUAAGCCAGCUAGCUCCAGCCCUGCUCCCUGUGCCCAUGUCCCACAGCACCAUGAAGGGUUCUGCAGCUGCCCUGGCUGGUCUCCUCCUGGCCCUCUGCUCCUCAACUGUGGACUGCUUUCCUAUUGGCAGUAGUGAUGACAUCCCCUUAAGCUGCUGCUACAGUUAUGUGUCACGUCCCAUUCCUUACAAGCUCAUUGCCUCUGUCUAUGCCACCAGCAGCUCCUGCUCCCUGCCAGCAGUGAUUGUGGUCACCAAGAAGAAGAGGAAGAUAUGCACAGACCCAAAGCAAUUCUGGGUGCAGGCACUCCUGGAGCUAUCCAGAACAGAAAAGUUGCUCUCCCACGCCGUGAAGGAAGUGAAAACACAGAGAUGAUGCACAGAACAUCAAAUACUUGUUAAGGAAUCAGGAGCUCUGAUGCCUAAAUAAAUCCCCUUGCAUUAGUAAA